AUUUACUUCCUCUUUCGAUUUACUAAAUGGGAACGACGGGGCACAAAUACCAGAGAGUUCCCCUUUCAGAUACAGAUUCCACAGGGGACAUGCGAUACAGAUGGAUAUGCUGUCAAGACUUCCGGGAGUGCCUGACUAUCAUUUCUUCCUAUUUCCGCGAGAACAAGUGUGUCAAGUUUCUCAGAGAGUUUGUACGAGGAUCCGGGCAUCAAUAUACAGAAUUACGAAGUGUUAUAACUGAACGAGAAAACAACGAAGAAGUAAUACAUCAGUUGCGGGAAGAAAUAGAACAGAAAGACAAUAAGAUACAUGAACUUCAAGAAAUAAAUCGAGCAACUGAACUAGACAAACGUAAUGCAGAGUUGGAAAAACAAGAAGCUUUAACAAGAUUGAGCGAGUUGAUGUCCGUAAAACUGCGAGACAACAAUCCAAAUAUCGCAGAUCUUAACGACCCUUACAGACCAACAAAGUUGGCUGAGAUGUUUAGUGAAUUGUACGACAACGAAUGGACAGCCCUUUACACAGUAUUAGAAGAUUUGAAGCUCAAAGACAGACACAUUAUUAACUUCUGUCUUGACGUUUUCAUGCUGUCAUUCACAUUUUGCCAAACGGAACUUGAAGCUAACUGGCAGUUAGUUUCCAAAUGGUAUUUGGACGAUAAUUUACCUAACAACCAAGCUGUGAAGAAGGCGUUAAAAGAUGGUAGGAAGUCAUUGGUUCAAAGUCUGGUUCUUGAAAUGGAAAAUAAAUUGUAUAUCUUGCUCUGUGAUUUUUGCAAACUCGAAAGCCUUCAGUUUGUUUUGUCGAGCGGUGAAAUGAAAGAAUACGUGGCAGGUUGCGUAAAAUUGAGUUUGAUGAUGAACGCGAACGAUCCACCGGUGGCCAUUGACUGUCCGGGCUGGGUUCCAUGCAUAUCGCAGAAAGAGUCAAUCUAUCAGCCGAAACAUGAAGAAGAAUCCGAUUUACACAAACAAGAAGUAAAUGCACAAAUUCCCUCCAACGUUGGAGGUGAUGGCAGCAACCAGAAUAGUACAUUGGAUCUUAAAGAUAGGCUGGAUUUCAACAAAGAACUGUUCAAAGAAUACACUGUUCGAGGGAAAUACGUGAAAUUCUUCGUGUGGCCAGUGAUGUACCUGCACAAGAACGGUCCGGUGUUGGCCAAGGGAAUAGCUCAAGGUGACGAAGACAAAAUGAUAUCAGAUGAUGACCACCGAUGGGUGUGGUGGAAGACCUCCGAUAGUUUGUAAAUAAAAACGAGUGUACUUAAUAGUAAACUAAUAGGGGUCAGAAUUAAGUUCAUUUUAUAUGCACGAGAAAGAAUCCGCUUCGCACAAGACCUUGGUUCCUUAUAUAUUACACUGUAAAUUUGAAUCUAUUGUUUUUAUACAUACUAGUAUGUAAACGAAUGUACCGUUUUAUUAAAUGUGUGUGUUAAUUUAUUCUUAUUUGGUGGCUGAAUUGGACGCACUGACACCGGAUUGACAAACUCAAGCUAUUAUUUAUUUCAUUUAAAAAAAAAAUCUUAUAAUUCUAAACUCAUUUUACAGAUAUGUGAAAAAAUCAAACUUAUGUUUCAUAAAUAUGCACUUUGUACUGUCUAUAUAUUCUACAGUUUAUAGACAGUACGCGGUGUAUAUUUAUGAAAACAAAUAUUUUUUCAAUAAUUUGUCACAUUUCUGGCUUUGUUAUUUUAAGUUUAUAAGAAUCAUAAGAUUUUUUAUAUAAAAAUAUAAGUUUCCGAUGGCAGUGAUUGGACGCCAUCUUGAUUGAUUAUGUGGCUUUAUAAAACAAAUGUUUAUUAAGAUAUCUAAAUGUGAUGCAAAAUGAAUUGUUGUGUUAAUUGUUAUGUUAAAACGAGAUACAUGAGCACAAAAACUAAUGGUAUUUGCAACAAAAACAAAUUCUAUAUUCAUUUUUUUUUGUCUUGGCGGCUAGUUUUGACGCCAUGAAGGCCUAAAUUUGGUAUGAAAUAUUUAAGAAUUCAUUAGUUUGCACUUAAGAUUCAUAAUGGUAUAUGUUUUGCACAAGAACUAAAUUAAAAUUUGAUUUGAA